UUAGCUGUGUGUCCUCGCUGAGCCCUCGCUCCUCGCGGGGGUUACCAUAGCUACCUUGCACACCGCAUCUCGGUCUCCCUAGUCGGUCCUGGCUGGCCGCAGGGAAGAGCCGGCACCAUGAGUCACGUAGUGACCAUCGAAGAGCCCCAGGCCAAGCCGCCGGUGUCUCAAACCCGGUGCAGAGGGAGGUCGGGGCCCUGGGGCAAAGUCUCUGCCAAUCGAACAUAUGAUUUCCUAUACGAUCCAUUGUUUAUCGUGUCAAGUGAGAAAGAACACAACCAGGCAAAUAUUCAGGCCACCCUGAUUCGAAGCAGACUGAGAAGGGUUCCCAGGUAUAGAACCAUGUUCAGUAGCCUGUUUCAUUAUCCAAGAUAUUCUGUAUAUUGGAGCAAGGCAGAUCCUGUUCCAUCAUUCAUCAGUCGGGACUGGAAGGGACAUGAGGAGAGACACAAAGAAGCCCUCCGGAAACUUGCUGUAACUGACACUUCUUUUCCGAUGCCUAAAGAAGUUUAUGAAGAUCCUGAUGUUACUGGAAAGAAUCGCUAUAAAUAUUUUGAAAGGCCUUUCCUUCCAUUUUAUCAACAGUUGCCAUUCAAUGUUGUUUUUGCAUCAACCAGGGCAGAGCCAUAUACCUUUCCUCCUCCUUCCACUAAGUACCUCCCCAUUCCUUCAAAGUAUACUGUGGGCACUCAGACUGAUUAUCGCGAUGCCGAAGUUCAAACAGACCCGUAUUCUCCAGAAUACAUAGUAUGUCAGAAUUCCAUCCCUGAACUGCUGACCCUGGCUACUCUCACUUGGGGUCGAGGUCUCCCGGCAGGACAAGCUGAGGUAGAGAUGAUAGAACGUGCCCGGGAGAAGCGUGCUUGGGAAGCCACUCUCCCCACUCUGAGUGACACCUCCCAGUUUGAGAAGAGGAGGAGGAUGAUGAAUGCCAUGGAGAGGAAGGAGUGGGCCUUCAGAGAGCAGGAGAUCGAAAAACUGCAGGAGAUUCGCCUGGAAGUUCUAAAAGAGCUGCUGAAGAAGCGUGAUGAGAAUCAAAAUGAAGUAAACAUGGCGUGCUUGAAUGCCCAGUGGUCUAAACUGCAGGAGGUGAAGGAGGCAAAGUUGGCACAGAUUCACCACACACACGUAUCAGCAAUCAGAAAACUUUUGGGAAAGGGAAAGAAUAUAGAAGGGAAGUUGGAGAGAAGAAAUAUCAUCAAGGAUUAUUCUGAUUAUGCAUCACAGGUCUAUGGACCUCUAUCUCGCCUUGGUCGUUUCACAGACAACAACUCAGAGGACUUUGUAGUAAAAAACCACUAUCUCAACACCUAUGAAGGAUUAGUCGAACUUGAGUCAUGUCUCCCAAAUUUUGUGACACAACCCCGAAUCAGAUCUCCAAAACCAAAAGUCACUACCACCAAAGAUGGUUUUCUAAAGAGGGCUGCAAGGAUGGACCAUGAGUUGGCAGAGUUUCAUAAGGCACUGUUGGAAAAGAAGAAUAAGGGCCCCAAAGCAAAGAAACCAUUGCGUUUUCUUCAAAGAAAGCCAAUACCUCAACCUCGACUUCCAACUCCAACUUUGGAGAUGAAUUCCAAUGAAGAAGAAGAUAUAGAAAUGGCUGUGAUCUACCUUCAAAAGUUACUCCGGGGCAGAGUCGUUCAGAACAUGAUGUUUGAAGGAAAAGAGAAGCGACUGGAGUUGAUCCAGGAGCUGCGCACCAGCCACGCACUGCAAGAAGAGGACAGGCUGGUGAAGAAAGCCGAGAAGCAGGUGACCCUGGCCUUGCAGCGACAGAGGAACCUGCACGAGCACAAGGUGUCACUGAUUGAAAACCAUUUGGCUGGACUGGAAGGAUGGGUGCUGGCAGACAUGUUUGACUUCCUGUCCAAAGAGCUGGUGAGACUGCAGGAGGAGAGGAGGGUCCACGCCCUGGUCAUGUUGGCCGAGAGGCAGCGCAGGAUGCGUGAAGCCGAAGAGAGUGGCCGGCGCCAGGUGGAAGAGAGGCGCCUGCAGGAGGAGGACCAGAUAUUUAAGGAGGUAAUUAAAGUUCACCAAAGUACUGUAACUUCCUAUCUGGAGGAUAUAAUACUGAACACUGAAGAGAAUACUGCAGAAGAACAAGCCAGGGCAGAAAUAGAGAAGAUGGCUGAGGAAAUCAAUGACAUUGCUUAUGAAAUGGAAAGCCGUCGAACUCAGCUUCAGUCAGAGGAGAUCGUUGCCGAGUUGGUUUAUAGUUUCCUGAUCCCAGAGUUGCAAAAGGACUUUGUCAAAGAAAAAGUGAGGAACGCACAGCAGAAGCACAUCCUCGCAGCCCAUCGGGUCAUCCACAGGCACACGGAAGACAUGCUCCAGAAGCAUUGUGUUGAGCAACAGCAAACAUCAGACACUGAGCUACUUGAGGGGGAAACUGAAAAUGAGCAAAACAGCUAAGGUUUACCCAUGAACAUGUGACCAAGAGACCUUCUGCAGGGAAAUCUACUGGGACCUUAAGUAUCAGAGAGGCACAUGGUAGGAAGUUUCAGAUGAGGGGGCAGUUAAGAAAGAGAGCAGAGGGAAAACUGAUAAUUCUUAAAUAACAAACUAUGGCUGUAAAUUACAGCAGAAAAUCCUUUGUUUUUCAUUAAUAAUGAAAUAACCUCUGACAUCACUGAAGAUAUAAGCCAUGUAUUUACAUAUAAUGUUAUAUACUAUUCUAUAUAAUAUAAAUUCAAGGAUCAAAGCCUUUUGCCUAUCUAUCUUAUUAUUGUUAAAAAUCAGCCUUAGAAAUCCAUUUCCUCUGUCAGGUCCCUUGGGUCUCUCCCUAUAUGGUUGAUGUUGGAGAGUGAGGGAAGGAAGCUGAGAGCGUGCACUGGGAAGAGCUCAGGUGCAAGCCAUUGCUAGCCAAUUCUCCAAGCAGAUGAAGAAUUGAGUGCCUUGGUCCUGAAACAGUGAUCUGGACAGCAUAUCAUCACAGCAUUCUCUGGACAUAUAAACAAACAGACCCAGCUUUCUGGUGGAAGACAGGAGAUGAUGAGGGCUAACUUAAGGCAAUAAUAAAAAUUAUAACAAUGAGCCUAGACACACAGCUGAGACAAGAUGGCAGAGUAGAAGGACAUGAGCUCACCUCUUCUUAGGGAAACACUGAAGUCACAACUAACUGCUGAACAAGAAUUGACAAAAAAAUGCUGGAACUUACCAAAAAAGAUACCCUACAUCCAAAGACAAAGAAAAAGCCACAACGAGAUGGUAGGAGGAGCAUGAUAAAAUCAAAUCCCAUACAUGCCAGGUGGGUGACCCACAACCUGGAAAACAAUUUUACCACAGAAGUUCACCCACAGGAAUGAAGGUACUGAGCCCCAUGUCAGGCUCCCCAGCCUGGGGGUCUGGCAAUGGGAGGAGGAGUCCCCAGAGAAUCUGGCUUUGAAGGCCAUCAGGUUUUGAUCACAGGAAUUCCAUGGAACUGGGGGAAACUCCACUCUUGGAGGGUGCACACAGCGUCUCAUGUGCACCAUGAACCAGGGAGAAAAGCAGUAACCUCAUAAGAGACUGGGUAGUCUUACCUGCUAGUAUUGGAGGGUCUCCUGUGGAGGCGUGCACCUGUGGCUCACUGCAAGGACAAGAACACUGGUGGCAAUAGUUCUGGGGAGUACUCAUUGGCGUGAGCCCUCCUGGAGGCCACCGUUUUCUCACCAAGACCUGGCCCCACCCAACAGCCUGUAGGCUCCACUGCUGGGACACCUCAGGCCAAACAACCAACAGGGUGGGAACACAGCCCCACCCAUCAACAGACAGGCUGCUUAAAGUCUUCCUGAGCACGCAGCUGCCUGAUAAACAUACCCCUUGACAUGGCCCUGCCCCUCAGAGGGACAAGAGCCAGCUCCACCCACCACUGGGCAGAAACCAGUCCCUCCCACCAGGAAGCCUACACAAGCCUCUUAGCCUCAUCCACCAGGGGGCAGGCAGCAGAAGCAAGAAGAACUACAACCCUGCAGCCUGCGGAACAGAAACUGCAAUUACAGAAAGUUAGACAAAAUGAGACAGUAGAGGAAUGUGUCCCAGAUGAAGGAACAAGAUAAAACUCCAGAAGAACAACUAAGUGAACGGGAGACAGGCAGUCUACCUGAAAAACAAUUCAGAGUAAUGAUAGUAAAGACAAUCCAAGAUCUCAGAAAAAGAAUGGAGGCACAGAUUGAGAAGAUCUUUGUUUAACAAAGAGCUAGAAGCUUUAAAGAACAAACAGAGAUGAACAAUACAAUAACUGAAAUGAAAGAUAUAUGAGAAGGAAUAACUGAGGCAGAAGAACAGAUAAGUGAGCUGGAAGACAGAAUGGUGGAAAUCACUGCUGUGGAACAGAAUAAAGGAAAAAGAAUGAGAAGAAAUGAGGACAGUAUAAGAGACCUCUGGGACAACAUUAAACAUACCAACACUUGCUUUAUAAGGGUCCCAGAAGGAGAAAGGACCUGAGAAAAUAUUUGAAGAGAUAAUAGCUGAAAACUUCCCUAACAUGGGAAAAGAAACAGUCACCCAAGUCCAGGAAGUGCAGAGAGUCCCAGGCAGAAUAAACCCAAGAAGGGAUACACCAAGACACACAGUGAUGAAAUUGACCAAAAUUAAAGACAAAGAAAAAAACCUUAAAAGCAACAUACAAGGCAAUUCUCACAAGGUUAUCAGCUGAUUUCUCAGCAGAAACUCUGCAGGCCGGAGGGGAGUCACAUGAUAUAUUUAAACUGAUGAAAAGGAAGAACCAAUAACCAAGAAUAAGCUACCCAGCAAGGCUCUCAGAUUCGAUGGAGAAAUCAAAAGCUCAAGCAAAAGCUAAUAAGAUAAUUCAGUACCACCAGACCAGCUUUGCAACAAAUGCUGAAUGAAAUUUUCUAGGUGGAAAAGAAAAGGCGACAAUUAGAAACAAGAUAAUUAUGAAUGGAAAAACUCACUGGUAAAGGCAAACAUAUGGUAAAGGUAGGAAAUCAUCUACACACAAAUAGUAUAUCAAAACCAGCAAUCAUGAGAAAAGGAGAGCACAAAUGCAGGCUAUUGGAAAUGCAUUUGAAAUUAAAAGACCAGCAACUCAAAACAAUUUUGUAUAUAUAUAGACAGCUAUAUCAAAACCUCAUGGGAAUGGCAAACCAAAAAUCUACAAUAGAUAAACACACAAAAAAGAAAAGAAAUCCAAACACAACACUAAAGUCAGUCAUCAAAUCACAAGAGAAGGGAACAAAAGAGGAAGGGAAUAAAAAAGACCUACAAAAACAAAUCCAAAACAAUUAACAAAAUGGCAAUAAGAAAAUACAUAUCAAUAUUUACCUUAAAAAUAAAUGGAGUAUAUGCCACAACCAAAAAACACAGACUGGCUGAAUGGAUACGAAAACAAGACCCAUAUAUAUGCUGUCUACAAAAGACCCAUUUCAGAUAUAGGGACACAUACAGACUGAAAGUGAGGGAAUGGAAAAAGGGAUUCCAUGUAAAUGGAAAUCAAAAGAAAGCUGGAGUAGCAAUAUUCAUAUCAAACAAAAUAGACUUUAAAAUAAAGACUAUUUACAAGAGACAAAGGACACUACAUAAUGAUCAAGGGAUUAAUCCAAGAAGAAGAUACAACAAUUGUAAAUAUGUAUGGACCCAACAUAGGAGCACCUCAAUAUAUAAGGCAAAUAGUAACAGCCAUUAAAGAAGAAAUCCCCCACAUAAUAGUGGUGGACUUUAACACCCCACUUUCAUCAAUGCACAGAUCAUCCAGAAAGAAAAUCAAUAAGGAACCACAGGCCUUAUAUGACACAUUAGACCAGGUGGGCUUAAUUGAUACUUAUAGAGCAUGCCAUUCAAAAGCAGCAGAAUACACAUUCUUCUCAAGUGCACAUUCUUCUCCAGGAUUGAUCACAUGCUGGGCCACAAGUGAGCCUCAGUAAAUUUAAGAAAACUGAAAUCAUAUCAAGCAUCUUUUCUGACCACAACGCUAUGGGAUUAAAAAUCAACUACAAGAAAAUAAACUAUAAAAAACACAUGGAGUCUAAAGAGUAUGCAAUUAAACAACCAAUGGAUCACUGAAGAAAUCAAAGAGGAAAUAAAAAAUACCUAGAGACAAAACAAAAGCAUGACAAUCCAAAACUUAUGAAACACUUCAAUCCAGAGAGGGUAGCUUUUUUUUACAGCACAGAUAGAGGAUGUCUCCCAGGAAAGUAAAAUAUCAGUCCCCCUCUCUGGAAUGGAAUUUACUCUCUUGUACUCCACAGCAAAGUUUCUCUCUCUGUCUCUCUCUGUCUCUCUGUCUCUCUCUCUGUCACUCUCUCUCUCUCUCUCAUAUGAACAGGAAUCCAGCAGCCCUAUAUAAUGUCUGUCUUUCCCCCUGUGGAGUUCCUUAUCCAUACUGUACCCCAAAACAUAUGCAUGUGCCAUCUAGCCCUCACCAAAUCACCGUUGUGAGAACUGAUUUCUCACAAGGUUUUCUGUGAGUAGUAAGUGGUUCUUGUCUCUGACUCAAAGAAUCUUCUGUACCCACACAUGUAUGCACAUACAUUAAAAAAAACUUAUGGGAUGCAGCAAAAGCAGUUCUAAGAGGGAAUUUUACAGCAAUACAAUCGUACCUCAAGAAACAAGAAAAAUCUCAAAUAAACAACCUAACAUACACCUAAAGCAACUAGAGAAAGAAGAACAAACAAAACCCAAAGUUAGUAGAAAGAGCGAAAUCGUAAAGAUCAGAGCAGAAAUAAAUGAAAUAGAAAUGAAGAAAACAAUAGAAAAGAUUAAUGAAACUAAAAGCUGGUUCUUUGAAAAGAUAAACAAAAUUGAUAAGCCUUUAGCCAGACUCAUCAAGAAAAAGAGGGAGAAGGCUCAAAUCAAUAAAAUUAGAAAUGAAAAAGGAGAAGUUACAAUGGACACCACAGAAAUACACAAGAACAUAAGCGACUACUACAGGCAACUAUAUGCCAAUAAAUGGACAACCUAGUAGAAAUGGACGAAUUCUUAGAAAGAUACAAUCUCUCAAGACUGAACCAAGAAGAAAUAGAAAAUAUGAACAGGCCAAUCACAAGUACUGAAAUUGAAACUGUGAUUUAAAAACUUACAACAAACAAAAGUCCAGGACUAGAUGGCAGGUCACAGGUGAAUUCUAUCAGCCAUUUAGAGAAGAACUAACACCUAUCCUUCUCAUUUAGAGAAGAGCUAACACCUAUCCUUCUCAAACUCUUCCAAAAUGUAGCGGAGGGAGGAAGACUCUCAAACUCAUUCUAUGAGGCCAACAUCAACCUAAUACCAAAACCAAACAAAGAUAACACCAAAAAAAAAAAAAAAAAGCAAGAAAAGAAAGGAAAGAGAGAGAGAGAAAGAGAAAGCAAGAAAAGAAAAGAAAGAAAGAAAAUAAAUUUAGAGGCCAAUAUCACAGAUGAACACAGAUGCAAAAAUCCUCAACAAAAUACUAGCAGACAGAAUCCAACAACACAUUAAAAGGAUCAUACACCAUGAUCAAGUGGUAUUUAUCCAGGGAUCAAGGAUUCUUUAAUAUUUGCAAAUCAAUCAAUGUGAUACACCAUAUUAAGAAAUUGAAGAAUAAAAACCAUAUGAUCGUCUCAAUAGAUGCAGAAAAAGCUUUUGACAAACUUCAACACCCAUUUAUGAUAAAAACUCCCCAGAAAGUUGAGGAACCUACCUCAACAGAAUAAAGGCCAUGUAUAAAGACAUGGCAUAAAGACAUGGCAUAAAGACAUGGCAUAAAGACAAAUUUACAGGUAACAUCAUACUCACGAAUUGAAAAGCUGAAAGCAUUUUCUCUAAGAUGAGGAACAAGAAUGUCCACUCUCACCACUUUAAUUCAACAUAGUUUUGGAAGUCCUAGCCAUGGCAUUCAGAGAAGAAAAAGAAAUAACAGGAAUCCAAAUUGGAGAAGAAAAACUCACUCUUUGCAGACGACAUGAUACUAUACAUAGAAGCUCUUUUUAAGAUGCUACCAGAAGGGACUUCUCUGGUGGUGCAGUGGUUAAAAAUCUUCCUGCCACUGCAGGGGACACGGGUUUGAACCUUGGUCCAGGAAGAUCCCACAUGCCAUGGAGCAACUAAGCCCAUGUGCCACAACUACUGAGCAUGCACUCUAGAGCCCGUGAGCCACAACUACUAAGCCCGCGUGCCACAACUACUAAAGCCCGCGUGCCUAGAGCCCAUGCUCCACAACAAGAAAAGCCACCGUGAUGAGAAACCCACACACCGCAAUGAAGAGUAGCCCCCACUUGCUGCAACUAGAGAAAGCCUGUGCACAGCAAUGAAGACCCAACACAGCCAAAAAUAAAUAAAUAAAUUUACAUAUUAAAAAAAAGAUGCUACCAGAAAACUACCAGAGCUCAUCAGUUAAUUUGAUAAAGUUUCAGGAUACAAAAUAAAUAUGCAGAAAUCUGUUGCAUUUCUAUACAUUAAUAACAAAAGUUCAGAAAGAGAAAUUAAAGAAACAAUCCCACUUACCAUCACAUCAAAAAGACUAAAAUAGGUAGGAAUAAACCUACCUACGGAGGCAAAAGA